AUGGCACGUGAAGGAACAAGACAAGCAAUUAAAGGAGUAAUAAAAUGGGAUAUUUCUAACGACGAUCAGAUCCCUGCCGAUUUACCCCAAGCAGAUUGCAUUCUCAGUCUGUUUCUACUGGACGUUAUCAGCAAAGACAAAGACGCCUUCCAGAACAACCUGAAAAAACUUACAUCUCAACUAAAACCUGAGGGACACCUGAUACUGUUUACAGCCUUAAACAUGACAUUCUAUAAGGUUGAUGGGGAGAAAUUCUUUAUUCUACCACUUGAUGAACAGUUUGUAAAACAGGCUGUAAUUAAUGCUGGGCUUGUCAUCGAAAAGGUGAAUGUAUUGCCGAGCAAAAAUAACUGCGACUUGAUUGACUUUGACGCUAUACUGCACAUAAGAGCUUGCAUGAAGACUUUUUAA